AUGCCAGAACAUAUGGCGCGAGCUACAAACUGCCUGCGGCAGAGACUUUGCCCAGAGAAUCCUAAGGACCUGAACUUCCAACUAAUGGAGGGCUGCAUGCCAGAAGGAUUCUUUCAGGCAGACGUUUACAUGACGGAGAGAAGACAUCUCAUAUUUGCCACAGUUGAACAACUGACGACCGUCACCAAGGCCAAGUCCUGGGAUAUUGAUGGUACAUUUAAAUUAGUACAGAAACCAUUCCAGCAGCUGGUAAUGAUAUAUGCUUUUGUUCCAUCAGGUGAUCACACGAAACAAGUUCCACUGUUAUUCGUCCUCAUGUCCAGGAAGAGUACGAAAUACUACAAAAAGGUAGUUAUCUAUUUAGUUUUUUGUGUAAUCUAAAGCAUAGUAUAGUAACAUCAUUUUUUAUCUCUUCCCUCUGAUAGGUAAUGAAGAAAGUAAUGCGCCUGUUGCCAAUUCAACCCGCUGUCCAGCAGGUCUCCCUCAACAUUGAGAAGGCUAUCUGGAAGUCACUAAGAUCAUUCUUACCAACAGUGAAGCUUGAAGGCUGCGUAUCAUGGACUCGGCCCUGUGGAGGAAGGUUAGUUCAUAUCAAAGCAUCAUAUUAGCUGUCAAAAGAAAUUUUUACCACAAUUGCUACUAAUUCCGCAAUCUGAUUGCCUUUUUCAGCUCUUAAGAACAUUUUGACCACUGUGAUGACGCGUAACGUUGUCGAUAAGAGUACAGACAACAUUAAACCACAUUCAAUUUGUUAAGGUGACUAUUUAAAUAAGAAUAUGAGGGAUUAUCGUUAGGGUACGUUUUCCCAAAGAAAGUCUCAAACUUUAACCAUUUGUCUGUCACAGGUGCUAGAGCUUGGUCUCCAUAGAGCCUGUAGUGGCAAUGAUGCAGUGUGCCGGUACAUCUGAAAACUUCUGGCCCUCUCUUUCUCGCCUCACCACGAGAUCAGAACCAUGUUCGUGCACGUCAGUGUCCAGGCAGAGACCCAGCCCCUAUGCAAACUGA